CGAGGUUGCUAUUAUAUAGGGAGCACUAGUGUCGCCGGAUGCAGCUGCAGGUUAGGCUCGCCAACUUUCCCACAUACAAAUUGGCUAAUUUGUGAGAAAUACGAAAAGCGUCUUCUAAAUGUACAAUUAUUCAUAAUCUAUAAUUAUAAGAAACCUCUGAAGAAAGCGCGAACAUAGGCAUUAUCUUUUGUUACAUGCGCCUGCUUUCGACCCGCGAACUCACGCAGCAGUCGCGCACAUUUAAAGUAUCGUUGGCAGCAGUUCGUGUUUUAGUUUAUGUAAAGAAGGUGAUGCAGCAGAGAGCGCCACCGUAAUGGUCUCCACCAAGUUAUAUGGGAGUUAUAGGGCCCUGGUUCUCACAGAUUCCGGAGAAGGGGUGUUUGGAAUUUGAAAAGUAUAUUUUGUUACAAGGGACCGAAUGGAAUCAUAUUCUUCUAGUAUGAAUACUAGCGGUCUGUGAUGUACCCCCCGUUUGAAACGUUGACAAUCUUCCCUUUUGUUGCCGUUCUAACUUGUGUCAAGUUUUUAUUCUUUCUGACAACAUGCCUAGGCUUAGGAGAUGUUGGGUUCCCAAAUGUAAGAAUAACAAUAUGGAAAGAGCAAAAUUCACAAGACUGUUUACGUUUCCACGAGAUGUUGAAAGACCCUUCCCCGAGUGAUGGAGCCACUGUCUUCAAGGAUCUUUUUGCUAAUCAUGAUCCACUUCAUCCACAAAAUCAAGAUCUACCAGAAUUCCAACAACAUGCACCUUUUGCAGACACACGUGAGGAUAGUAAUGAAUUCAACCCAUUUGGUGGUGAGGAAGAUAUUAAUUUACAAAUUUCUGAUCAACUUUAUCCAAAGGAUCAAGAUACACCAGGCCUACAGGAGCAUUCUCCUGUUGCAGACACACAUGAGGAUAGUGAAGAAUUUAAAUUAUUUGUUGGUGAGGAUGAUAUUAAUUUACAAGAAAUAGUUGAUCCACCAUAUCCAAAGGAUCGAGAUACACCACACCUACAGGAGCAUUCCCCUGUUACGGACACAUAUGAGGAUAGUGAAGAGUUCAAAUUAUUUGUUGAUUCUGCAAUAAUUGAUCAUGAUUACUUUGCUACUUCAGUUCCUAGCGAUUUGCAUGUUGCAGAAGACGACGUUAGAAGAGGGAAGAAAGAAAAACAGAAAGCUUUGGUAGAGUCAACAGAUGUCACCUGUGACGCCACAGAACAGCAGGAAAUGGGGGUGGAGGGAGAUGAAGAAUGGCUGAUACCACCGGAGCAAAAGAAGAAAGAGGCAAGAGAAGAAAAAAGAAAAGAGAAAUAUUUUGAAUAUUGA